AUGCUGCGGAUGCGGGUGAUGGACAGCAAGUUCGCGGGGCAGGCCAAGAACGUCAAGCGGGCCUUCCUCUGGUGCGAGGAGAACGUCGCGCCGGUCACGCUCGUCAAGGUCGUCAAGGCGCAGGCCUUCGCCAAGCGCUUCCUCGCCCGACGACUGCGCAAGCGUUUGCAGAUUGCGAACGAGCUGUUGGUGACCGAGAAGCACUACGUCGACAUCCUCGAUCUCCUCGUCAAGGUGUUCCUCCAGCCUCUGCGCGAAGGCGACCUUCUGCCGCCGGAGAGCAUCCUCGCCAUCUUCGGCAACACCGAGACGCUUCGGGACAAGCACGUUCUCUUCCACGAGCUCUUGCACAAGCGAGUGCGCGAUUGGAUGACCUUCCAACAGUUUGGCGUGGGCGACAUCUUCUACGACCACACGGACUUCCUGCUGGGCUAUACCGAGUAUGUAAACAACUUUGACAAGGCGCUGGCGAUGCUGACGCGGUGCACCAAGAGCUCCCCCGAGUUCGCCCUCUUCGUGCGCAAUUGCGAGGCUCGGCCAGAGUGCAAUCUGCAUGACCUGCCGUCGCUUUUGAUUACGCCCGUGCAACGCAUCCCGCGCUACACUCUACUCCUACAGGAUCUCCAGCGCCACACGCCCUCCGGAUCACGCCCCGGUCUGUUGGAGAUGGCCUUGAAGAAGGUGAAGGACAUCGCCAACUACAUCAACGAACAGAAACGAGCCAACGAGAAUGAGCUGAAGAUGGCCGACCUGGACUCACGGCUGGUGUUCGACCCGAAACCCAAAAUCGGUCUGUGCGAAGUCCCCGCCCGCAAGUUCAUCAAAGAAGGCAAGGUGCUCAUUCAACUCGGGCGCAAGCACUUCAAAGAGUGCCACGUGUUCCUGUUCACGGACCUGUUGCUCAUCACCAAGAACGAGGACCUCGACGACAACGACGAAGAGGCCGCCAAGGAGAAGGAGCCCGAGCCCAAGCGCAACGACGUCGCUGAUGAGCGUCAUCCAUCGGGCAAGUUGCCCCGGUACCUGGUCAAGGCCGCCGAGCCCCUCAACGAGAACCCGAUCGAGAUCAGCCCCCUGCCGCCUUUCUUCCUCGACAAGGCCACACGCUUCCCGCUUCGCCUCUACUUUUCGUCGCAGCGGAAGGAGUAUCGAUGCGUGUUCGCAAGCCAG